AUGGUAUCGUAUCUGGAUAUCCCACCGGGGCAAGAUCCGGCCACCUAUGUGUCGUUUCCCACCUGCGCCCACCUGGCCAAGACGCUGACAUCCUCCGAAAGAGACGCGAUCUUGAAAACAUACAACACCGCCAUGAAAAUCUGUCUCCUUGCCAUACCCAUCGAUGAGGACCGGUCCUAUUUGGCCAAGGACGGCACCAAAGUCCACCAUUACGAUCUUGUCCGACUGCGCUCGAAAGUACUCAGGUGUACCCACUGCCAUUCCUCGUCCCUCUUGCACAUCUGUCUACAAUGCUCCUUUGUUGGGUGUCUGAGACACCAACAUAGCCAGGAACAUGCUCGCACGACAGGCCACAAAUUUGCCGUCAACCCGCAGUCUGGAGACCUUAUCUGUUGGGAGUGCGGCGACUACGUGGGCGAUCCGUCGCUGGAACGGAUCAGAAUCAACCAGAUCAUCCAUUCGAAAAACGUUGCAAAUUUCCCCGGCAUGCCAAUCUACGAGCACGAGCACGACUCGGCCAAACUCGAACUCAUCGAGGCCGGGUCCAGGUUACCAAGUUUCCGCGCCUACACGGGGCUCAAGGGCUUCGUCAACAUGGGCUCCACCUGUUUCAUGAGCACGGUGCUGCAAACCAUCAUCCAUAAUCCGUUCAUCAGAGACUAUUUUCUGGCUGGCAGUCAUUCGGACUGCGACAAACAGGUUUCCGAGUGUCUUUCGUGUUCGGUAGCCGAGGUGUUCCAGGACUUCUACACGUCUCCUAGUCCGUCUGGAUAUGGUCCGGUGUCUCUGUUGACGGCGGCCUGGAAAGUGAAACGGUCUUUGGCCGGCUACACAGAGCAAGAUGCACACGAGUUCUGGCAGUUUUUGAUUCAUCAGUUGCACAAAAACGAUACUACAAGAUCAAAAGCAUAUAAAGAGCAAACUCCGAUCCCAGGAAGCUACCUGGCGCAGUCCCAAGGAGGUUGUAAUUGCAUAAUCCAUCGAACUUUCUCUGGUGAACUGCAGUCGUCCAUCAAAUGCAAAGAAUGCAAUACCAUCACAAACACAGUUGAUCCGAUGCUCGACUUGUCGCUGGAAAUCCAGGAAAAACACCCAGACGGCUCCCGGUCGCCCAUCUCGCAUCUCGAGCUGUGUCUCGACAAGUUCACCAAACCAGAAAAGCUAGACACAAUGUACAGCUGUUCCACCUGCAAAAAGCAAACCAAAGUCACCAAACAACUAAUGGUCAAGAAACUGCCCCCGACACUGGGAAUCCAGCUCAAGCGGUUCGAGCAUCUCGCCACAUCUACAAAGGUCGACACCUAUGUCCAAAUUCCGCUGCUUUUAGACAUGAACAAGUACGUCUUACCGGAUAAAAAGUCGCACCCGGGGAAAAACCUGUACCAAUUAUACGCCGUGGUGUGCCACAUUGGGUCUGCCAGCACGGGCCACUACAUUUGCAUGGUGAAGGCACGGAACGGGAUCUGGUUCAAGUUCAAUGACGCUACAGUGACAAGAGUGUCGCAACAAGAGGUGCUUGCUUCGCACGCGUACCUUUUGUUCUAUAUGAUUAACGAAAUGGCCUAG